UAUUGGAUGUAUAAAUUCAGAAACACCACUGUCACUGCUAACACUGCGACGCCGGAUCUGACCCCUAUGCAAAAAAGCUUUACCAGUGAUCUUACACUCGCUGCAUCUAUUUCAGGCACAACAUUUCUCAUACUGAACGCUGUUUAUGGGCACUGUAUCUCUUUGAAAGUAAAAAUGCUCGGAGCAUUGUUUAUGAUUUUAGGAAUAUUCAUUGUAACGGCAAGCUUUGUGGAAGUUAACACAGACCAAUGGCAAGAACAGUUUUUUCUUAUCACACUUCUCACUGUAGUCAUCAUUAACGUGUCAUCGGCCGUAAUGUCAGGGGGAGUAUUCGGUGUUGCUGGACUCUUUCCAUCACAUUACAUGACCGCUCUGGUGAGUGGUCAGGCUUUGGGCGGUAUACUCUCCGCGCUAGCUUUUGUUUUAGUAUUAGCAUUCGGUGCCCCUCCUAAUGUUACUGCUUUGAUAUAUUUCAUUAUUGGUAGUGCUUUGGUAUUACUAUCCAUAAUUUGUUUUGUGAUUAUGUCGCGUCAGCCAUUUUUCAUAUACUAUUUUGAGGGUGGGGACAAGUAUAAAAUAUUGGCCGAUAUACCUUCCCAUAGUCGCAGUGCUGAUAUUGUAGUGCAAUCGGAGCCGAAUGUAAAGGAAGUCUUUGCUAAAAUUUUCAUUGAAGCAGUCAACAUAUGCCUACUAUUCGCAACUACACUUUCGAUUUAUCCAUCAGUUACAGUACUAAUGCAAUCGGAAAAUUAUGGCAGAGGACAUGCUUGGAAUGAUAUUUACUACAUACCAGUAAUCAAUUAUCUUUUUUUCAAUUCUGGAGACUACUUUGGUCGAAUACUGGCGGGAUUGUGGGAAAGACCGCGUGAUAACCCACAUACUGUUAUUUUGAUGACUGUGAUACGCCUGCUAUACGUUCCGCUUUUUCUUUGUGCAAAUAGUAAUGUACAUUAUUUUUUACCCAUUCUUGUACAUACAGAUGCAGCAUUUAUGAUAAUGAUUAUUACUUUUGGUAUAACUAAUGGUUAUCUGGCCAAUAUAUGUUUAAUUAUGGCUCCUAGAUCGGUCAUGCAACAUGAAAAAGAGAUGGCGUCUUCGAUUAUGGCGGCAAGCUUAAGUUUGGGUCUGGCUGCAGGAUCUUUACUUAGCAUGGCUUUUGUGCAAAUGCUUUAGCUCGCCAAAAGUCCACCUUCAACCUGAUUCGAACCUGCGAUCUCAGAACCCGAAGCUGUAGUCUUCACGCGACGCCACAACCGAAAAAAAAAAAAAUUAUUACUUACAUUGAGUAAAUUUACUUCUUCAAAUAAAUGACGCCCUAUUUUGAAAUGAAGGAAUAAUUUUUGAAAUUGAGUAAAUUUCAGCGCAACCUUGCUGAUCUUUUUUGCAACACUAUUGCCACUACUUUACCACUAUAUAUCUCUAUUAUGAGACAAAUCAGAUCAAAAAUAUGAUUUUUGGUAAUAAUUCGACUCCAGAGCCAUCUGGGGGUUUAAGUUGUGAACCAAACACACGUGCCGAAGAAUUAUAUAUGUAUUUACAGGUAGGUAAAAGUUUCAGUAUAUUUGGAAGGUGCCACGCCCACUUUUCUUCAUGAGUAUGGGAGUGAUACCAUAUCAAGUUCCAGGACUCUACCACAAAUACUUCCAGAGAUAGGCGGUCGAUUUAUAUGGGGACGAAAUUUAUUAUCGGCCUAUAACCAAAAGGGGUCCACAAUUUCAAAGAAAUCGGUACAGCCGUUUGCGAGAUAACCUCUUAUAAAAAUAGGGGACUUCUCUUAUAUAAUUGGAAUAGAUAUUAAAUAUGUAUACGUAAAUAGCCAAUACCCGAUUGCUUUGUGGCGCCUUAAAACGCCUUUCCAACUGUAAAACAAUCAUUCAAUUCUGUUUUAUGUAUAUCUAUAAUACGUGUACCGAAUUUCAAGAAAAACGGAAUGUUUGAGAUUGUGGUAAUUUCUCCAGGUGUAUCCCCCUACUAGCAUACCGACACGGCGCCUAUGUCAUGCUAAAAUCGCCUGAUUGUAGCGUUAUACCAUUUCUUCGCAUUGAUAUACGCAUGCUGCUACUUGCAUACGCAUAUAUACAUAUGUAUGUACUUAUGUCGACGACGUCGCCGACUGCAUAAAAUUUUUAUGUACGUACACACGUUAUCACAUAUGGUAACUGCAUAAUAUGUACACAUCAUUUUAGAUGCAUGCCUUUACUUAUCUGCUAUAUACGUAUGGUUCGCAUUGCUCAUACAUAAGGUACAUACAUACAUAGCUACAAGUGUACAUAUGUAUGUGCAUACCUACAUUAUCAUUAAUAUAUUGUUACAGUUUUUAUAUAAGUACCAUUCCUUGUGAACUUGAAUAUUAUUAUUGGAAAUAAAGUGACUGAGUUAAAAGGGCAGUAAGAAUUCGGUCCGCUUACUUGCUCAUUCGGUAUUUUCUCAUACAUUUUUUGGUGCCUCCUGUGAGGAACCGCGAUCACUUGAAUCCCGUGUAAUGUAAUGGCUGCAUUAAAAUUACGUGCUUCGGCACAUGCUUCAAUUUUGCGCCUCGGGAAAGAAGUCCAGGACGAAAAUUUCGAUCCGGAUAAGGUGGAGUGUGAGGUUUUACUUAGCCGAGUAAAUCAACACUUUGAUCGGUUUGUACAACAUCAUUUCGAUCUGGUCGGCAAGGCAGAGGCAGAUGAGGUUUCAGCACAUGACGAGUUGUUUGCUUCAACGGAGGCGAUGUAUACCACAAUAUGCAUCACAUUACAGCGCCGUAUGCCUUCCCAGAAGGCAGUUAAUGCCACGACUUCCAUCACCAACCAAAUGGCUGACAUGCGCCUGGACCCUGUAUCAAUUCCCAAAUUCGACGGGAAGCCUACAAAUUGGUUGGCCUUUAAAGACCUAUUCGAGGCAAUGGUUCAUAGCCGAACAGAUUUUGAUCGAUCCUACAAAUUGGGCAAGCUGCGGCAGUGCGUCGACCAAGAGAAUGUUCCGAUGAUUGGUGGGUUGUAUACUGGCGGGUACGAGGAAGUAUGGUCUGAGUUGAAGCGCCGCUACGAUAAUCCCCGCCUAUUGUCUGAGACGCAUGUACAGAGCUUUCUUGAUCUACCAGAGAACCCAGCCGAGACUCCACUUGCGCUGCGGACCAUCGUUGAUUGUGUGCGCAAUUAAUUCCGUGCCCUUGCCGUCAUGGACGUUCCCGUGAAGCACUCGGAUGCAAUAGCAGUUCCCGUAAUUUUUCCGAAACUACCGACAGUAACACGAGACGAAUGGGGUAUGAGUCUUGUAACCGUCAAUAUACCGAAGCUAGAAGACUUAUUAAUCUUUAUUGAGCGACGUGCCAACAACAUAAGCUCCACCCCACGGUCCGUAAGCAUUCAACACUCGUCGCGUCGUAUAGCCUCUCGUACAGUCAAGGCGCAUGAUGCAUCCGCAAAGUCAGCAUCUUCCGCAAGUACAACGGCUGCAGAUGUUACUUGCCCACAGUGCUCGGGCAACCACCGUCUCAUGAAGUGCCAACGUUUUCACAACCUGCAAGUACAGGAACGCUGGGAAGUUGUUAAGCGCCUAGCAGUAGGUUUUAAUUGUCUUCGAUCGGGGCAUACCGUUCGUCAGUGCUCCUCUGGUGUGUGUUCCGGUUGCCAGCAGAAACACAACACGCUCCUCUGUCGCAGUGCAGACACCACGCACAUGGUUAGUCAAGUAAAUACAUGCGCCUCACCGUCAGCACCCGCAACAGCAGUUAGUCCUACAUCAUCAUCUAAUUCACACACUGUGGCGCCCCCUAGCUCUGCAGGACCACAAGUGUAUUCACGUAAUCAAUGACAGAUGGAUGAGGUCCAGUCAUUCGUUGUCCAGGGUGACCGGACCAUCUUACUUGCAACGGCCAGAGUGCUACUUUCGGAUCGUUAUGGACAGCUGCACAAAUGCCGUGCAUUAUGCGACAUCGGAUCUCAGGUGAGCUUUCUCAGUGAAUCCAUGUUUAAGCUUCUCAACCUUCGCAGAACCUUCGGUGAGAUACGUGUGGAGGGGAUAGGUUCAAGUGCAUCUGCAUACACUAAGGGUACCACAGCGGUUCAAAUGCGAUCCGCCAUUGACGAGACAUUUUCUCUGCAAUUUGAAGUCUAUAUUCUGCAGACGAUCACUAAACCAACACCUGCGUCCAAGGUUGACACAAUCGCCUGGGAUCACAUCUCAGGUCUCCAAUUAGCCGAUUCAACAUUCGGUACACCUGACAAAAUCGAUUUACUUAUUGGCGCUGAUAUUUGGCCCUCAUUGAUUGCCGAUGGAAUUGCUGCGUGACCCCCCGACGAUCCGUGCGCGCUCCGUACCCGCCUCGGUUGGGUUGUGUUCGGCCCGCAACGGUCAACACAUCAAAUGAUACGAAGUGCACUCUAACUACCAGAACAUGCAUCAGUGAGCAGCUACUGUUGAAAUUGUGGGAGGUUGAGGGGAUUUUGCCUAAAAAUGAUCUCUUGACAGACCCAUGCGAACGAAUUUUCAUCGACACUGUACGGCGCACAGAAGAUGGCUGCUAUAGCGUACAGAUCCCAUUUCGUCCAGACGCGCCAACUUUAGGAGACUCCUUUCAAGCAGCGCGACGUCAAUUUUUUCACGUUGAGCGAAGGUUAGCCGGCGACUCUGAGCUUCGCAAGAACUAUACAACGUUCAUGCAAGAACACAUAGCACUUGGUCAUAUGAACGCAGUCGACUAUGACUCUUUUGACUCAACGCAGUGCUAUUAUAUUCCCCAUCAUGCGGUGACGGGGAAAUUUCGCGUAGUAUUCAACGCAUCCUGCAAAACAACAAAUGGGGUGUCUCUGAAUGACACACAGUUUCCGGGCCCACAGCUUCAAGAUAAUCUGAUCGACAUUAUUCAUCGAUUCCGCCGCUAUCGGAUCGCAGUAACGGCUGAUGUUAAAAAAAUGUUUCGGCAGGUCGACAUCGCAAAUGGCAACGUAUCUUGUGGCGAGAGUCUCCAAUCCAACCACUGCGUAUCUUUGAGUUGGCAACAGUAACGUAUGGUAUGACAAGUGGGCCGUACAAUGCGAUCCGUCAAUGUGCGGUAGAUAACUACGAAAUAGUUGACAACGCCAGCCGGGCAGUGGUAGCGAAAAAUAGUAUCCUCGUUGGGUUUUAUGUUGACGACUACCUGGAAAGUUUCGAUUCCCCUGAUGACGCUGUUCACCGUGCCUAUGAUGUCGAUGCGAUCCUUCGGCAAGGUCACUUCAUUCUUGACAAAUGGAGCUCGAACUGCGCAAUGACACUUGCAGCUGUCACCGACCCAGAGUGGUCAACCACUGAAAUUAAAUUAUGUGGCUCCGAUGCUACCGUUUUAGGCUUGCAUUGGAAUCCUCUAAGCGACCACUUACUUUUUAAGGUGAGCGUUGCAGAAUCACAUACGUCACCCACAAAGCGCACCGUUUUAAGUGAUGUAGCUAAGUUGUACGACCCGAUUGGUCUGCUGGCGCCAGUUAUUGUCCUGGCAAACAUUUUUUUCAGACGCUGUGGAAGGCAGACCUUAAAUGGGAUACUCCGUUACCUGCAGAGCUGCGGGAUCAAUGGCACGUAUUCCACAACGGCCUUCGCGAAUUGGCGCUUAUCCGUGUACCCCGUUGGUUACGCAUGUCAUCAUCUUCACCUGUAACACUUCAUGGGUUCUGUGAUGCCAGCUCAAAGGCCUACGCUGCAGUUAUCUACGUAAGUAGCAUCUCUGCAGAGGGCGAUACCCAAAUGGCCCUUGUUACCGCAAAAACUAAGGUGGACCCGGUGAAGGAAAUUACGAUUCCUCGCUUAGAGCUUUGUGCGGCACACCUACUUGUAGUAACUCUACGUAAUGUUCGUCGGGCGCUACGUCUCGAGAACGUACCUUAUACACUCUGGAGUGAUUCCACCAUAGCGCUCCACUGGAUUCGCAAGCCACCAUGGUCGUUAAAGCAAGUCGUCGCUAACCGCGUUGCCUUUAUACAGGCCAACACAGAUGUUAGAAGUUGGCGCCACAUUCGCUCCGAGUUCAAUCCGGCUGAUUGUGCGAGUCGGGGAUCUCUGCCCACAUCUCUUCAGAAUCAUCCAUUAUGGUGGACAGGUCCGCCUUCUUGCCAACUGCGCUAUGGAGACGAUGCAACCGUCCCAAAAUUUACUGAGGAUCAACAGCAGGCACACGCUGUGGAGUGCCAUCCUUUACGUACAUUAGUCGCUAUUCGCUCUGAUCAUCAAUUGCUCAUGACGUCCGAAUAUGGCUACCGAAUACCUCUUAUUGAAAAGUUUAGUACACUAGCUCGCUGUCCUGAACACAACUGCGCGACUGAGACGCUUUCUGCCUUCGUUCAGGGGUCAGAGAGCUGAAGUUAUGGCAGCCGAGGAAUACGAAUGGGCCCUGCUUGUGACUGUUAAACAGGCUCGAUAGUCGAAGUCAUGUCUUACCACUCAACCCAUACUUGGAUGCUGAGGGUAUACUUCGAGUUGGUGGACGCCUCAAAAAUGCAGAUAUUACCGACGAGCAAAAACACCCAAUGAUUAUCCCUAAGGGUGCCUUUGCUAUCUUACUCAUCGCUGAUGCUCAGCAUCGAUGUCUUCAUGGCGGUAUCCAGCAAAUGCUGCAAUACUUGCGGCGAAGGUUUUGGGUGAUGCAUGCGCGCUCACAGGUGAAGACAUAUGUUUGGAGAUGCACUUUGUGUUGGCGACAUCAACGAAAUCUUCAGCAACAGCAAAUGGCAGCGUUGCCGCGAGAGCGAGUACUUGUGGCGCCACCAUUUGCAACUAGCGGCCUGGCCGUUUCAUAUACGCAUAGGUGGAAAGAGAUCAACGGCAACCACAAAAACUUACGCAGCUAUAUUCGUGUGCAUGGCUUCACGAGCAGUCCAUAUAGAGCUUGCUGAAGAUUUGAGUGCCAGGUCCUUCAUAGAUUUACGAUCGCUUCGUCAGUCGUCGCGGUAUUUGUGCCAAGCUCUUUAGUGACAACGGCACUCAGUUCGUGGGGGCCGAAAGGCAAAUGCGUGAGGAUUUUCACACAUGGGUAUCCACAUAUGCCCAACAGCACGUUGCUCAAGUAGGGACGCAAUGGAAAUUCAUUGCUCCGUCCGCACCGCACCAUGGAGGAAUCUGGGAGGCUGCUGUUCGCUCAGCUAAGAAGCAUUUACUGCGCAUUAUGGGCCGUCAUUCAUUGCGCUAUAACGAGCUUCUGACGCUGCUAACGAAGAUGGAAGCAUGCCUUAAUUCACGGCCACUGUUAGCAUUAUACGAUGAUCCAGAAGGUGGCCUAGCUCUAACGCCAGGCGACUUCCUCAUUUGCCGGCCACUAAACUGUCGCCCUGAGCCACCACUACCAGAUGUUCCUGACAAUCGCCUACAUUAUCGGCAACGCUUGCAAAGGAUGUUCGAAAAUUUCUGGCGUCGUUGGCAAAACGAAUAUUUAAAUUCGCUCCAAGCGCGCAGUAAGUGGAUGAGACCUGAACCAAAUUAACAACGAGAUGAUGUAGUUCUUAUUAGCAAUGAGAACUUGCCCCCGGCGUGCUGGCGACUGGGUCGAAUCACUGACAUCCACCCCGGCAGCGACGGUCUUGUUCGCAUCAUUACGAUUGAAUACAACGGAGACCAGUUAACGGCAGGAGUCAUGUACGUCAAACGUCAGUGUCAGCGCCCAAUACAAAAGGUAGUAAGGCUUACCGGAAUACAAGAAGAAAUUCUGAACCGCACGGCUUCAGCCGGGCAGGAUGUUUGAGAUUGUGGUAAUUUCUCCAGGUAUAUCCCCCUACUAGCAUACCGACACGGCGCCUAUGUCAUGCUAAAAUCUCCUGAUUGUAGCGUUAUACCAUUUCUUCGCAUUGAUAUACGCAUGCUGCUACUUGCAUACGCAUAUUUACAUAUGUAUGUACGUAUGUCGACGACGUCGCCGACUGCCUAACAUUUUUAUGUACGUACACACGUUAUCACAUAUGGUAACUGUAUAAUAUGUGCACAUCAUUUUAGAUGCAUGCCUUUACUUAUAUGCUAUAUACGUAUGGUUCGCAUUGCUCAUACAUAAGGUACAUACAUACAUACAUAGCUACAAGUGUACAUAUGUAUGUGCAUACCUUCAUCAUCAUUAACAUAUUGUUACAGUUUUUAUAUAAGUACCGCUCCUUGUGAACUUGAAUAUAAUUAUUGGAAAUAAAGUGACUGAGUUAAAAGGGCAGUAAGAAUUCGGCAAGCUUACUUGCUAAUUCGGUAUUUUCUCAUA